AUGAUGAAGCGUGCGUUUGCCACUUCGGCCUCAGUUGCCACUCAAGCGGUCCGUGCCCCAAUUCAAACCUAUGGUAUUGAGGGCAAAUAUGCUUCAUCCUUGUACACUGCCGCUUUUAAGAACAAGAGCUUGGACACUGUUGACAAGGAUUUGCAAAAGGUCAAAGAUUUGUACACCAAGAGCCCUGAAUUCAAGGUAAGUUUUUUGUAUAUUUUUUGAUGUUUAGGUACGAAGAAGAGACUCAAAGGAUGUUUGAAGGUGUGCAGAAGCUUGCUGGAUAUUUUUAAGGCAAUUUGGUUUAGAUGUGACAAUUUUAUAAGCUUUUUCGGCUUAUUUAUAUUGUUUUAGAAAUUUAACAGUUAAAAAAGGGAAAACAGAUCAUUUAGUGUUUCAGCAAUCUUCUAGUGUACUUUAUGAGCUAUGUCCUUGGAUUUCAUGAAUUUUAUAAGCUAUUAGAAUCAAACUUUAAAAGUUUUGUUAUGUUAAGAUACCUUUUUUAAUUUUUGAACAUCAAAGACGUUGUAAAACACUGUUUCGGUGUCUCAGAAGCUUUUUGGGCAUCUUAGCAGUUAUUUAUUAGUUGUUUAGGUGACUGACUUACAACCUUUUUUGAGCUUUAAUUUUUAUAACAUACUAUAAUAUUUUCAGGCUUUUGUCCAAAACCCGACUUUGAAGAGAAACCAAAAGAAGAGCGCAGUUGAAGCCAUCUUGAAGAAGACUGGAGUGUCUUCUGAAAUCCAGAACUUCUGUGGUAAGCAAAAAACAUUUUUGGCUUUAAAAUUUAGGUAACAAAAAUGAAAAUCUAUUUUUUAUAAUGGGAUGACAAUUUUUAGCUUUUUUAGUGUUAAGAAAGUUUUCUUAGUUUUUACAUGAAGAUAAAAAUUUUUCUUUUAGGUGUUUUGGCCGAAAACGGACGUUUGGCCAACCUUCAAGCCGUUAUCUCAUCCUUCGAGACUAUCAUGCGUGCUCACCGUGGUGAAUUGGCCGUAGAUGUUGUAUCUGCUGAGGUAAGAGUGUGAUCAUAUUAUUUUUUGUUGAAAGUUUAGAUGAAAAUUUACAUAUUGGUCAAAAAAAUUACAGAAAAACUGUUAAUUCGUCAUUCUUUAGAAGCUCAAUUCUUCUCAAGAAAGCGCCUUGAGGGAUGCGUUGCAAAAGCACGUCAAAUCCGGCCAAAAACUGACCCUCAAUUUCCAAGUCAAGCCCUCAAUCAUCGGUGGUCUAGUGGUCACAAUCGGCGACCGAUACGUCGACUUGUCCGUCGCUUCGAAGAUCAAGAAGCUGAACGAAAUCGUGAACACCACUGUUUGA